AGUAUAUACAUACAUAACUCCAUCACUUCAGCCCUGUCAAUCGAUCAACAGAGGCAGCAUUCUGUUUCCGACGCGCAAAUAAAAUCCAUCAGGAUUCCGUGGUCUCCUCCAGCGCCUAAUUCCUCCUCCUUCGUCUUCCAAAUCCUCCGUCAAAUUGCUGGUACGUUUCUUCAAUUCAAUUCUUCUCCUCCCACUCCUUUCCCUCUCUGUUUCUGCCACGGAUUGCUCUUUCCUUUUCCACUCUUCCUUUCGUUUCCUCCUAUUCAUUUCCCCAAAGUCGGAGACUUUCUCGUCCCACUAGACGAACCCAUAUCGCAGAAAGCUCCACUGAUUUCAUCUCGAAGAACAACGAGGGUGAUAAACACUCUUCCCGUUCCUUCCUCUGUCCUGUGGUGUUUGUUUAUCUUCCACUGCAAUCCCCGACCGACCAACGAUUUCCUCUUAGACUCACUUCCCGCGCCGCCAGCUCCUCAGUUGCAUAAAGAGGAUUCUGCAGGUCGUAAGCGCGAAGUUGCUAACAAGCAUCCACCGACUGGAACUCGCCGGAUCGACGCUUUCUUUGCUAAAUCAGCGCUUGAGAAUCGCCGGGGCGGCAUAGCUUAAACAUCCAUCCAAGCUUCUGUUGGAAAGGCGUCGACUACUGGUGCUUGGUCUAGAACUGAAGGGGGGGUUCAGGUUCUACUACUUGGAUCUGCACCUUCUUUGUUUCCUGCUGGGGCAUCUCAUGUAAGUGGGUGAUAGAAGACUAAAUUCAACAUUAGCAGAGAUAACUCGUGGUGGCCUGUGGGUGAUAGAAGUAGCUGUAAUUAUAUAGUGGACGUGGUUUUGUAAUUGUGAGAAUUCGAUUCAGCAGUAGCAGAGAGGACUCGAGCUCAAUGAUCUGUUUCUGAAAUUGUCAUCCACUGAGGGAACUCUUGGUGUCUUUGGGCUUGUUUUCCAGCGGAGAAGGAAUUGGCUGGUCUUAGAACUGAAAGGAAGGUAGUGAGUAAAGUUUUUGUAGAGGAGAAGGGGAGACUUACUAAGCUGCUCGAGGAUCAAGAAUGGAAAGUGAUGACAUAGUAGGAGGAGGAGAUAAGCUAAUACUAAGAGGUCUGAAGUUCCAUGGGUUUCAUGGGGUGAAGCAGGAAGAGAGGUCACUGGGGCAGAAGUUUCUGAUCGAUGUAGAUGCCUGGAUGGACCUCCGAGCAGCUGGAAUCUCCGAUCAGCUGACUGACACCAUCAGCUACACUGAUAUCUACCGCAUUGUGAAAGAAGUUGUUGAAGGACCACCGCAGAAUCUGCUGGAGUCUGUGGCUCAAAAGAUUGCAACAAAAACUCUGACAAACUACCCUCGAAUCUCUGCUGUGCGGGUGAAAGUCGCGAAGCCUCAUGUUGCUGUACAUGGACCUCUAGAUUAUCUGGGGGUCGAGAUCCUCCGACGGCGUUGAGAUGUGGAUCUACCAAACGGUGAUAACUUGUGUUAACGUUGUGCGGGAAAUUAUCAAUCCCCAUCUACUACUUUGGGGUUUGUUACUUUGUUUGCUGCACUUUUGUCUGCAGGAAUAUGCAGAUAAAAUGCUGUCAGUUUUUCAAGCAUGCAACUUUGGUUCAUGUGUGGGCGAAAGCCUUGUAGUCCAGUAACCCAUCCGUGACAAUGCUAAGAUAGUACCCCAAAUGGGUUGGAUUCUGAGCCUUUAUAACUCUCCUUUCUUUCAAUCUAAGCUAGGUCUCAAUUCUACCCCACGUUCAAUGUUCAAGAAGACGCUAGGCGCUAUCUAGGCGAGGAGGCAUCGCCCAGCGCCCAGGCCGAUUAAUCGUUGCCUAGGCGAGAUUAAACGAUGAAAAAAAAAAUGAUAGAUAAAGUUGUUUUACAAGUGAAGAUGAGUGGAUUAUGGCAGAAAAGAUUUG